AAAAUUAAAGAGAUAGGGAACAAGCAAACAUGGCUCUGAUUACGGUAGCAUUAGCAUUCCUGGGUGUCUGGUCCAUAUCAGCACAAGUACUGCAUAAAUCAAUAGUACCAAAAGAAGUAAAGCUAGGUUCAGAAGUUACUGUUUUCUGUGAUUCUGAUCUUGCCGGUGUCCCUGAAAAUGGCAGCCCUGAAGGCAUUUUUGCGUUGGAGCUGUGUUGGAAUAAACAAUUCUUUUACGAGUUCAGUACCAAGUUCGGUACUAACAGAACUAUUGGUGUAAACACUCACUGGCGAACUAAUGUUUCUGGACACUAUCCCAAGAACAGUUUUGGACUUUUUGAUAGGGACAAAGUCAGGCUGGAAAUCGAUAUGAUAAAUAUCACCCUCGAUGACCAAGGCGAGUUUUGCUGCUCUAGCUACAUCAUCCAGAACGGAGAAAUACAACGGCCCUCAGAACGUUGUGAGGACUUUAUAGUUACAAAUCACUCUAUAGUUGAACCAAGCGAUUUUUUGGAAGAACUAACCUUUAAAUGGAUUCAUUGUACCCCUAAUCUCGCGGGAAUUCCUGAUACAGCAACAGAGGUUGAAAACUUGACGAUGUUUUGGCAAAAUAAAGACUUUGAUCCGAACUCCUAUUUUUUGUAUACAUUGAGAUCAUAUUGGAAUAGUUAUAAACAACCAUCAGUAUUUCUGAUCAAACCUCGUAUAAAAGAUAGAUGGGCUGUGUCCCGAUAUUAUAAAGACGUUAAGCCUAACAAGAGAAUGGACAAAGAUAAAGUGCGACUCCUUUUGGCAAUUUGGGAACUAAAUACCGAAGACGUUGGCUGGUACUGUUGCAGUGUAACUUACUUUGACAAACUUACUGAUGCCAAACAUUUAACUUCCAGGUGUCAUUAUUUAUCAGCUUCAGGUAUUAAAGCCAUGCUAUACACCAAAAACGGGAGCUCACUCAAGAUAGUUACCGAGAGCCAAAUCUUCGGGUUGCUGAUUUUCUCAUGGACUCUGCUACAAUUUUAUAGAGGUGAAUAAUUUUCUUGUUCCUUGCUUAAAUGCAACGAAACACCAGGAAGUCUUAUCUACUAGCGAUAUCUAAUAGUGAGCUAUAAGGAAACCAUCAAAGCUCUAACCAUCAAAGCUUAAAAUUUCAAUAGACACAAGA